AGCCGCAUUAGGUUAGCUUCAUGCAUGGCCACAUUAGGUUAGACCGUUCACGCUCGCGGACGUGGUGAUUGCACGUCCAAGCAUUCGGCAUGGGGGGUCGGAGACUCGAUAGCCCGCUACAACCACUAGUUCUUCAUGACAUGAAGGUCGGGGAAACCUUUGUAAAGAAACACAAAUGGAGAAAUGAUCAAGUCCUUGAUCGAUGGAAAACCGAAUCAGAGUUGAGCCAGAAACAGCGCUAACAACAGCCUAUCAACUUCAUUUCCUUCUCCUUCCAUCACCUCAUCCACCUCAUGCUUAAUUGCACCCCCACGCCCACCUCAGCCGCAUCGCCCUAGGCGCUGCACUUCUUGGAUAGGCAGGUGGGCUUGAUACGGUCCGAAUGGCCUCCUAGCCAACAUCGAUCCAGCUCCAUAUCGGGCCUAUUCGAGCGCUCGACGAGAUGGGAGCACCCCAAAGCGAGCACGCGCUAGUCCAUCCUCGCCCGCCAUGCUGGGCACGCGUGGCGUCCGACGACUGCUCCGAGUCGGCCUCCUGACCCUGAUUGCAACAUGUAUAUUCCUCGCCCUUCGAGUCUGGACGGCACGCGAGCCCCCGUCCCUCUGGGAACAAGCCUCUCUUGCCCCACCCACCAUCACUCACGACUGGAGUCCAGAUGGCAGAGCACAGAGCUUCCGCACGCCAGAAGCAGCACAUCGCGCACCCAAGCUGACACGUGCCUCGUACUGCGACGCCGUCAAUAUCAGCAAUAUUGUCGUCAUCACGAAAACAGGCGCUAUCGAAGCUAAGGCCAAGCUGCCUCCUCAGCUGUCCACAUGCUUGAGCUGCGUCCCCGACCCGCUCAUCUUCUCGGACCUGGACCAGACCCUCGGCACGUAUCAAAUCCACGACGUCUUGUCCCGAGUCGGGGGAGAAGGCACCUACCGCAAUGAGGACUUCGAUCUAUACUACCAGCAAAAAGACCUCGCAUCGCGAGGCCGCGAAGCCGACAUCCCCGCCCUCGCCAGCCUGCCCAUUGCCUCGCCCGACUGGCGCACGAUAGGCAAGUCAGCCGGCUGGGGCCUGGACAAGUACAAAUUCCUGCACAUGAUCGAUCGCGCGUGGGAGUACCAGCCGGAUAAAGACUGGUACGUUUUCAUCGAAACAGACACAUACCUCUCCCUCCCCAACCUCGCCGCCUUCCUCGCCACCCAGGAUCCCACGGAGAGAUGGUACUUCGGCAACGCGGUGCGCAUGUACGAGCGGGAUAUCGUCUUCCACUUCGCCCACGGCGGCAGCGGCUUCAUCCUCUCCGGCGCGACGGUGAGAGACUUCGCCGUCACGCACAAGGGCCUCGCCGUGAAGCACGACUGGCGCUUCCGCGUAGCGUGGUUCGGCGACUACGUGCUAGCCAACACGUUUGACGAAGUGCUGAAGCUACAAGUCACCAAUCUCCUCCCCAUGCUGCAAAGCGACAACCCAGCCAACGUCCCCUUCGCCGCUGACACCUGGUGCAAACCCGUCAUUACCCUGCACUACAUCGACGCCGCGCACUUCCAGCAACUCUUCGACUUCGAAAAGGCCAGAGAUUUCGCCGGGUUCAUGUACAAAAAUCUCUAUCCCCUCGUCUUCCCCUCCGGCGCCCCGCCCACGUGGAUGGAAAUGUGGGACAACGGCUCGGACAACGACGCCUACGCUAUCGUCCCUACGAGCGACAGCGAGACGAAAAUCGUUCGAGAUCGGCACAACUCCUUCACAGCUUGCAAGACUGCGUGUCGAGAAGUAGAGGAGUGCUUGCAAUUCUCUUUCCACUCGGCCAAAGCGAAGCGCUCCGAAUGCUUCAUGAGCAAAUCCAUUCGACUCGGCAAGAAGUUCGUAGAUAUGGAAGCGGAGGGUGCUGUUGUUCAUAGCGGAUGGGUGGGCGAGAGGGUCGGUCAAUGGGUGGAGGGACAUGCGGAAUGCCCUGCUUGAGAUAGUAUAUGAAAAGAAUUUGAUGUGAUAAUACUGGUCAGACUAUGCAGA